CCUUUAAUGGACGGUUUGGACUCAGUUUUAGUUUUAGGUUUAGUUAAGUUAAGUUAAGUUAAGUUAAGUUAAGUGUUUGGCAUUUAGUUUGGAUGGUAAUGCAUUAUGCCAUGAAUGUCCUCACUAAGAUAGAAGUACAAAUGUGUGUGUGUGUGUGUGUGUGCGUCACCUGUCACCACUUCCUGUUCCACUCACAGUCUCUCUCUGGUUCAGUCUCUUUGUUCAAGAAUAAAAUGAAGUCGUUCGUCUUCCUGCUCCUCAUGCUUCCUCCAACAGAAGCCUUGGCGGGGUACGACCCGCAGCUGUGUUACAUCCUGGACGGGUUCCUCGGCCUCUACGGACUCGUCAUCACCGGGAUGUUCAUCAGAGAGAAGUUCUUUAAAUCCAAAGCCAAGUGGGAGGACGGUGACAUGGAUCCGAACGCUGCCGGAGACGGCUACAGUGGACUGCUGAGAGACAGCGAGAGAGGACGAAACCGCUGGCUGAACGAGGACUCCACCUACACGGACUUGAACAGACGAACCGACGGAGAAUACAAAGAGCUUCCUGUUAAACGAGAG